AUGCAGCCACAUACACAAUCAUACCAUAAUCCUUCUUCACCUUCUUCCUCAUCUACACAUCGCUCACUACGUUCCCCUUCCUCGCUUUCACCUGCACCUGUAAGAGAACGUUUACCUACACCCGCAUUUUCACGACCACCUUCAACGUCUAAUAUAACCACCGACUCACGAUAUCCACCCAUACGAAGCUUGACCACACCUUCACCACCUAAAUUUAUACCUUCUACACCACCUCGACAAAUCAGGACAACACGUGCUUCACCACCAUCAACUUUGACUAGAGCAGUCAAUACUUCAUUACCAUUAUCGCCUUCUGGAACACUAUAUUACUCAUCUCCCCCGUCUGCCUUUCCAAGUCAUCUCGAAACCUCCAAUCAAGACGUGGAAUUGACACCCAUAACGCCUAGACGUACUCCACCAAGUAUCAGCAUACACGAUUCACCUUUCGACGAUCGACAUUCUGAGAUCCUCGAUCGCAACGUUGACAGCAGUCGGAGUCCAUCGGUAUCGAAAGCACCAGAUCAUGACAAUGACUUGGAAAUGAUAUGUGAUGAAGACCCUUUCGAGUAUUCAGAAAUCAGAGUAUCAGGUGGAAAGCAAAGGACAAUGCCAGGAUACAAAUUUACCUCAUUAUCUCCCCGGGGCUGGGAUGAGAAAGGUGAACCAUUGACCUUCGGUCCAAUGUUAGAUGAUAUAAGACCUAUUUCAGAAGCUAGAAGAUCGUUGUAUCCUUCCUUAGCCCCAGUUCCACCUACAACUUUCGAAGAUCAUCCAGAUAUACCCAGUUCAAAAACAAAAUCACUUUCUUUACCAACUUUGUCAAAUCGCCCCAAACAUACCGUCGAUCCCAUCAGACCGACUUUUAGAGGUUUAUACACCCUUUCUUCGAUGAGUGAAUAUAUCCUUUUACUUAUUCCAGCAAUGGUCCUCUCCAUCCUCUCAGCGUUGAUUGCGCCUUACAUGUCUAUGAUCAUUGGAGAUGCCUUUUCCGUGUUCGCCGCUUACCCUUUCCUCACCGGUGAGGCUUCUGAUGCCGAAAGAGCAGCCUUGAAAAACGGCGUGACAGAUACGUCUUUAAAAUUCACGAUAGCCGGUAUUUUGGCAGUACUAUUCAACUACUUCAAAGGAGUUUUCUGGGUCCGGUAUGGAGAGUCUGUCGCUGCUAGAUUAAGGGAAACAGUCUACAUCGGUGUCCAGGAUAAGACCAUGGAAUGGUUCGACAUGGGUAUGGGGAUGAACGCCGCUGAAGAAAUACAUGCGGAGAAAAGAGAAGCUAUAGGUGCAGGCGGAUUGAUGUCGAAGUUCACAAGAGAGACAGACGAUGUCCGACUAGCUUGCGCUCUGUCAUCGGGUGACGUUGUAACCAACUUGGCGAUAUUCAUACUCUGUUUCAUCUUGGCAAUGAAGACUUCGCCUAUUCUAGCUUUAGUGACCCUCUCUACCAUACCACUAGUUGUGCUCACUCAAAUAAUCACGCAAGUUCUUGCCGCGCCAUUACACGCAUCUGAACGUCGAGCUUUCGCUGAAGCUUCGACCAACGUUGAGCGAGUUACUGCUGCGAUCGCUACAGUAAAGGUUCACAAUGCUCAACAAGUCGAGCAGGAAAGGUUCUUAGAUUUGGUUGGAAAAGGAAAACAAAGUUUGAUUAAACAAGGUUUAGUCUGGGGUAUAUCAACUGGAUUAACGGAUCUCUUGCUAUUGGGAACAUUCGUCUUGGGAUUCUGGUAUGGAGCUAAAAUCGUUAGAGAUGGAAAAUCAACAAGUGGAGAAGUUAUGACUUGUUUUUGGGCUUGUUUGUUCUCUGCAACUUAUCUGCAACAGGUCAUACCCCAUUUAACAGGUAUCACUAAAGGUAAAAAUUCAAUGGCUUCACUUUUGACUAUAAUCAAAGAGGAUCUAGAUAAAAAUAGACCGAUAUCAAAUAUAUCCAAUCCGUUCUCGCCCACAACCCAGCAAUACGAUCAAAGCGUAUCCAAGUCACAUCAAUUCACACUAGGAGGGAUCAAACCGAUAAGAUGUCAUGGUGAAUUCAAUUUCCAGAAUGUGUCUUUCGCAUAUCCGUCCAGACCCGACCAAUUCGUUUUGAAAGAUGUAUCAAUAUUUAUACCUCCUGGAGAAACCACUUUCAUAGUUGGUGGAUCAGGUUCAGGUAAAUCAACCAUCGCCCAACUACUUUUAAGGUUAUAUGGUCCUAUUUCAGGUGAAAUAACAAUGGACAAUCAGGCAUUUAAUUUCUUAGAUCCGAGUUUCACAAAGGAAAAUAUAGCAGCUAUCCAACAAGGUUGUAUCUUGUUCGACAUGUCAAUACAUGAUAAUGUUUCAUUAGGUUUAGCUGGUUCGAAUCCGACAUUGAAUCCCUUAAAUGGCAAGAUUGAAAAUAGAUCACCUGAAGAUGUCACUAGAGAGGAAGUUGUUGGAGCUUGUCAAAUGGCUAUGAUACAUGACUUCAUCAAAUGUUUGCCAGACGGUUACAAAACGAAACUGGGAUCAGGGGGUAAUAGUUUGAGUGGUGGUCAGAAACAGAGAUUAGCAAUUGCCAGAGCAAGAAUUAGGAAUCCGACUGUAUUGAUUCUAGACGAGGCUACUUCUGCGCUUGAUCCGACAUCAAGAGUUCAGGUCUUUCAGAAUCUCAAAUCAUGGCGACAUAACCGAACGACAAUAGUAAUUACUCAUGAUCUGUCUCAAAUCGUCUCAGACGAUUUCGUAUAUGUAAUGCACAAUGGUGUGAUAUCUGAACAAGGAUUCCGGGUGGAUCUAAUGAAGAAAACGAAUGGUGUUUUCGCCGAAAUGGCAGCUGAACAAGCCGUAACUCCUUUUCCUAUUAAACGGAUCUCUAACGAUAAGAAUUGGGAAGAUGGAUUAGAAGAGAUUUUAGAUAUGGAGAAAGAAUUCGAAGAAGUACUGGAUGAUAGACAUCGUCCGUUAUCUGUGACUCCCAGUUUCACUGCAUUGAGCGUGAGACCUACAAGUGUCUAUAUGGACAUGAUGGAUGAGUAUUCUAAAGGAAACAAAACGUUUACGCCACAAAAUGCAAGACGUCUUAGUAAUGCCCAAAAGAGAUUGACUUGGACACCUCAAGAUUUAGGCUCACGUGCGCCCAGUAGAUUCAGCGAUAGUAGACCUGAAAGCAGGAUAUCAAGAAGGACAGGUAUAGAUCAAUCACCUCGGAUCAGCGUCAGAGGGAACAUCGAUUCGUCGAGAUUACAUCCCUCGUUCGAUUCCUCAUGUUUACCCAAUCAACUUGCACCUGAGAAAGAAGGCGAAUUGCUUCAUGCUGGAUGGAUGGAAAAACAAUCACCUUUCUCAUCAAAUUCAAGAAGCUCAAUGAGUCUACGACAAAGACAACAACGUACUCUGAGUGAAAAUCUAGAAGAUGAUUUAAAAGCUACCGAUCUCAGCGUCCAGCUUACUGUACCGCCUGAGGCUCCUGUAGGUCCGGUGCCAGGCUUGAUCGCCCUGAUCAGAUUAUAUUUUCCUACACUGCCUUCAAAAUUGCUAUUGCUCCUAGGGUGUAUAGGAUCUGUCGGUCAUGGAGUCACGACACCAGUAUGGUCAUUCUUCUUAGCUAAAUUAUUGCAGAUUGUAGGCUCGGGAGGUACAGAUACAUCGGCUUUGACCAAGUACGGGUUAAUUAUACUUGGUUUAUGUGUCGCUCAAGGAUGUUGCGAUUGUUUGAGUGAAUGGGCUUUAGUCGGAUGUUCAGCAAGAUGGUCAUUUCAAAUUAGGACAGUCGCUUUCAACAAACUGAUCAACCAAGACAAAUCAUUUUUCGAUGAAUCGAAAAAUUCUCCUUCAAGAUUGGUACAGAUUUUAAUCAAAGAUGCAGAUGACGCUAGAACCUUGAUGUCUCACGUUAUAGGCAAAGCAGUGACUGUAACUACUAUGAUCGGACUAGGCAUAAUUUGGGCGAUGGUAGUAGGUUGGCAAUUGACAUUCAUUGGAAUAGUCUUGGCACCUUUGUUUGGUGGAUUCAUAGCUUUUAACGUUUGGUUGAUGGGUAAGAGGGAAGUGAUUCAUAAAGCUGGAAGAGAGAACGUCGCCAGGACGUUUUAUGAGAGUAUUGCCAACAUCAGAGGAAUACGUGCCAUGACUCUAGAUUCUGCCUUCCGGGCGAAAUUCCAACAAGAUGCCAUCCAGGCUAAACAACUGGGAGAUAAAACAGCUUGGACAAUAGCUAUGGGCGGCGCUGUGGCAGCUGCUAUACCUCUUUUCGCUCAAGCGCUUAUGAAUUGGGCUGGAGCGCAGUUCAUGCUGAAGAAUAUCAUGAAUUACCAAGAGAUGUUACAGGUUUACAACUUGGUGCUGUUCAGUUUAACUUUCAGUGCUGGAAUGCUGGAUUUCAUCCCAACGAUGGCAAAAGCAAGGGUAGCAGCAAGAGAUUUCAAUAGAUUGUACCUUUUGUCCACUACGACUUCCGAAUCCCAAGGCGAAUUACGGUUCCCGGUCACUGGACAAAUCACAUUUUCGAAUAUCCAUUUUUCGUAUCCCACUCGACCUGACGUACCUAUUUUAGAAGAUUUAUCAUUCACCAUCAAUGCUGGAGAGUGCGUAGCUAUAGUUGGACCUUCAGGAUCCGGUAAAUCAACAAUCGCUUCGUUACUUCAACGUUUAUACGUUCCUCAAAAGGGUACGAUCAAAUUAGAUAAAUAUGAUUUAGGAUCUGCUGAUACCAAGUUUUUGAGAAAUCACAUUGCUGUAGUCAGUCAAUCAGCGAAUUUGUUCGACAACUCAAUCAAAGAAAAUAUAUCCUAUGGAAAUUCGUAUUCGCUGGUGGAAAUUCAAAGAGCUGCAAAAUUAGCUAAUAUACACGAGUUUAUCAUUUCUUUGCCAGAUGGAUAUGAUACGAAUUUAGGUGAAAAUGCAAGUUUAAUUUCAGGUGGUCAAGCUCAAAGAAUACAAAUCGCCAGAGCACUUUGCAGAUCAAGUGAUAUUUUGAUUCUUGAUGAAUGUACUUCUGCUUUAGAUGUUGAUAAUGCUAGAGCUAUUUUGGAUACUAUUGGUAAAAUAAAAGAAUCCCGCACUACCGUCUUCAUCACCCACUCAGUGGAAGCUAUGCGACGUUGUGAUCGGAUUAUAUGCCUUGGCGAGGGCAGAGUGGUAGAGGAUGGCUCUUUCGAAGAACUGAUUUCUAGAGGUGGUGAAUUCGCUCAGUUAAUGAGGACAGGUGAAUGGAAGUGA